AUGAUUGACCUAUCUCGGAUUCCGCUGCCUAUUCGCAACCCCAACAAUUGCCAUGCAGACCCGAUUCCAGGCUGGCCCUACUCGUACGGCUACAGGCCUAGUCUCGCCGCGGGUGUCAUCUUCUCACUUCUUUUCGCUCUCGCACUCUUUGUCCACACAUUUCUGGCUUUUCGACUGAGACGAUGGACAUCUAUCCUUCUCGCCGUUGGUGCUCUGACUGAGCUGAUCGGCUGGGCCGGCCGCACUUGGUCGUCGGCGUGUCCCUACAACGCCAACGCCUACCUCAUGCAGAUCACGACUCUCAUCAUCGCCCCCGUCUUCGUUACGGGCGCCUUAUACGUCCUUCUGGGAAUGUUCAUAGUGCUUGUGGGGCAAAGAUCAAGCCUCCUCUCACCGCGCAUGUACGCCAUCGUGUUCUUGACAUGUGACCUCGUCUCGCUCGUCAUCCAGGCAGUCGGCGGCGCCAUGGCCUCGAUAGCGUCCAGCAACCUUGAGGACCCCUGGCCAGGGACCAAGAUCAUGAUCGGCGGCGUCGCGUUCCAGCUCAUCGCCAUGACGGCCUUUGCUAUCCUCGCCAUCGACUUUGUCCGCCGGACUGUAGCGCUCGGCCACAAGCUCGCCCGUCCACACCGUUUUGUCCUCAUCGCGAUGUUCGUGUCGCUCAUCGCCGUUUACGUUCGAAACAUCUUCCGAACCGUUGAGCUUUCCGAGGGCUGGAAGGGCCACCUCAUGAUGCACGAAAAGUACUUCAUCGCCCUCGAUGGAUUCUUGAUGGUGUUGGCUGUGGGUGUCUUUAUCGUCUUUGACCCCUCCCGUGCAUUCACCGGACCCCAACAGCAGAACCCCCUUGCCAAGAGGUCUUCUGCUGAAUACCAGCUCUAA